AUGCUUCGUACUUGGGAAGAGGAGUUUGAUCGAUGGAACGUUGACAUGCCUUUCUUUAACCUGAACGAGAAGGAACUGUCAGGGAAAGAAGACCUUCCUCUUCUCAGAGGUCAGAACAUGAAGAAUACUAUGAAAGACGAGCACUCAAUUCGAAUGGCUAAGCUUCUUACUUGGUCUAUGGGGAAGGGUGUUUUAGCUAUUAGCUACGGCCUUUUCCAGAGGCUAGCAGGUGAUGGGAAGAGCGUUGAUGGGAAGGUUAGGAAAGUUUUUCUUGAACAGCCUGACCUCUUAGUGUUGGAUGAAGGGCACACGGCGAGAAAUGAUAAGAGUGGCAUAGUUAAAGUGCUGUCAAAGGUUGUAACAAAGAGGCGAGUGAUCUUAUCAGGAACACCUUUUCAAAAUAACUUUGAGGAGCUCCAUACAACAAUUGCCUUGGUUAGAGAAGAGUUUGGGCUUCCGUCGUGUAGUCAUUUGAAUGAGGAACGAAAAAUCGAGAAGCUAAGGAAACAGAUUGGUCCCUUUGUUCAUGUUCACAAGGGUGAGAUCUUAAGAGAUACUCUUCCUGGAUUGUUUGACUCACUAAUUGUCCUAAGACCUUCAGAUAUGCAAAAGUACAUUUUUGCUCACAUAGCAAGAUUAAGAACCCCAUUUCUCAAAUUCGACAACCAGAUAUCUCUGGCCUGUGUUCACCCCUCAAUUUUAUGUGAGACAGAUUCAGGGUAUGCUAUCGAUAAAGAACAAGAAACUUUGCUGAAAGAUCAUAGAAUGGACCUUGAUGCUGGAGCAAAAAUACGGUUCCUUGUAGAGCUCAUUAAGCUAUGCAAAGGAGAGCGAGUUUUGGUGUUUGGGCAACGCCUUCUCUCCUUAAACUUCAUAGGAGAUUUGCUAGAAUCUCUAUUUGAAUGGACCAUGGGGAGGGAGUUGCUUUACAUUGAUGGCGGUCAAGAUAUGAAGGAGAGGCAAUCAUUGAUUAAGCUUUUCAACGACCCUGGGAGUGAGGCUAGGGUCCUUUUGGCUUCCACCAAGGCAUGUUGUGAAGGGAUCAGCCUUGUGGGUGCGUCUAGGGUGGUCUUGCUUGAUGUCGUGUGGAACCCCUCUGUGGAAAGGCAAGCCAUAAGCUGGGCUUAUAGACUUGGACAAAAAAAGGAUGUGUUUGUUUAUCACCUCAUCAUGUCAGGGACCCUGGAGGAAGAUAAGUUCCGCAGGCAGACAACAAAGGAACAUUAUUCAAAUCUUCUGUUCUCUUCCUCCUCUCCUUCAGACAAUGAAACCACCAUGCACAAAAAGAGCAUUGGAUCGAGGAUGGUUCCUGAGGAUCAUGUACUGGAAGCAAUGACCCAUCACGAAAAAAUCAAUUACAUGUUUGAGAAGAUUAUCAGCCAGCCUAAAGCUGAUGAUGAUAUGAUCAAAAGUUUCGCUUGUUGA